AUGAAUAAUAGUACAGAGGAGUUUCCUAGUCUUAGUGACUCUGUUAAUAACAAUGUAGAACGAUCGACACUUGGCGCUUCUUGGGCAGAGGUGGCUCAACCAGAUGCAACAGAAGUUGCUCAUAAUACUUCAGAACCAAAAGAGCAGUCCUAUGCAGACAUUGCUAGUAAACAUCAAGAACUAUCCAAACAAGAGUUUCCUACACUCCAGGAUAGCGUGCCUGAUUCCAAUCCUACUUCAUCCGGGGUAGCUGAUCUGCUGAAUAAAGAAACUGAUCAGCCAAAGAUAGACACAACUCAACCACCUAAUCCUGAUAGAUCUUUUGCUGCUGUCACGUCAAAUGAAGGGUAUCCUUCACCACAACCAGAUACAUCAACGUCAUCGGAACUGCCUCCCUUGUCAGAUCUGCCUGAUGUCAAGGACAUGCUAGAGCAGCCUUCUGUGCAUGUGCCUCCUCCUCCAGUCAGUUUUGCCGAGGUAGCUGCCAAGGAAAUUCCUCCUAAAGAGAAACCAUUAAGCGAACGUGCUCAGACGAUCAUUAAGGAACAAGAAAACCAACCCAAGGAAGAACCAUUGUCUGUAAAUGACGAAAACUUCCCUACAUUGGGCCAGAGUCGCUUGAUGGCAGAACAAAAUGCCAAGGAUGAAGAAAAGGAAGUAUAUACCGAAAUUUCAAAAUUGAAUCAAGCAGGUGAUAUUGUUGAAGAAGAAGAUGACAUCGUUGUGGUAGAUAAUAAAGACACAAAGAAAUCGUUUGCCGACAUCGCUGGCUCCAACUUGGAUGAUGCACCACCGUCUGCUAAAUCACACGUGAAUCCAGCUCCUGUGUAUGACGAAAGCACUGUCCUGUUAGAAGAGAAGAGAAGAGAAGAACGAAAGCAGAAUACUGUAGAAUAUGGUAAUAACAAUGAAUUAAUUGAACAAGAACAAGCUCAAGAAACCCAAAAAGAUUCGAAAUUGACCAAACAGGAUAUUAAAGAAGAAAAGCAAGGGAUAAAGAAUAGAUCCAUUCAAAAUAAACAACAAGAAAAUCAAGAGGAUGCACUGGUUGUUCGUCUACAGACAUUUGAUAGAAGAAGCUCGGGUAGAAUUACCAUCUUUGAUACUGUAUUUGCAUUAUACCGUUUGGGCUAUCCUAUAUUAACCAUUUUGCCUGCUGCCUUUUUGAUGCAUCUUCGGUUAUCUCCUCUUACGUCACCUCAUGGGUUUCCCUUCAUUUACCGAUCGCUUUUCGAUUUGAUAUCGCUCCCGAUCUACACAAAAAACCUCGGAUACGCAUUAACUUACAAGACACCCAUGCUCCGUCAACCUAAAGAUAAGGUGGUUCAAGCCGUUCGGGAAUACGGAAGCGGAAACGGCCUUGGCUAUUGGGAUGGUAUUAGAGCCAUCCGACGCACUGAAAACUUAAGAUGGUGGCAGCUCGGGCUUUGGGCCGUCCAUCGUAUUCAGUGGACAUUGACUUACACCAUGCUCCAUGAUCCUUCGAGUCAUGUUGUUACUACGAAUACGUUAAUUGCUUUAAAUGAAGCCACACAUCAUUAA